ACCCAUACCCUUUCAAACAGUGCAGCGUACUCGAUGAGUAUCGAUCGACUCGCGAGACGCACAAAUAUCCUAUUAUUAUCUAUCAAGUAGCAUAGUCUACUCGCUGGCGCAGGCGCCACUUCCUGUCAAUUGCACGCGCGUCUAGUAGUCAAGUCAGUAGCAUCCGCGUUUUCUGUGAAUGAUCAUGGAACCUGUCAAGUCGGAUAAGGACGCGAGCGAUUAUAGCAUUCAAUUGAAUCGUUGGUUCCUGAAACCUGUAGGCGCUUGGCCAAGUUCAUCUACAACAACGAUCAAAGAGAAGGUGAUUUCGACGAUACUGAUAAUCAUCUGCUACUCUCUGAUUGCUUAUACUGUUGUGCCGUGCAUCCUAAACAUUCUGUUCGAGGAGACCGAUGUGCACAAGAAGCUGAGAGCUGUGGGUCCAUUGAGCCACUGGUGCAUGGGUGGCAUGAAUUAUUUUUCUCUAUUAUUUCGCAGCCGUGACAUACGCCGUUGCGUGCAGCACAUGAGAGCCGACUGGCGAACGGUGACCAAAAUCGAAGAUCGGCAAGUGAUGUUGAGGUACGCCAAGGUUGGCCGUUUCGUCGCCGGGCUCUGUGCAAUUUUCAUGCAUGGCGGCGUAUUCUCGCACAGCGUGCUGCAAGGCACGACACCGACGUUUGAAAUUAUCGACAACGUGAGCGUGUCGGUGCACGUGUUACCGUGUCCCUCGUACAGCAAAUUCAUGGACACCACGCAGAGUCCAGCGGGUGAGAUCGCGUUAACGCUGCAGCUCAUCUCGAGCAUCGUCGUCAAUUCCGUCACGGUCGGCGCCUGCAGUCUCGCGGCGGUGUUUGCGAUGCACGCGUGCGGUCAGUUGAAUGUGCUGAUGAGAUGGCUAGAUCAGCUGGACGACCGGAGACAGGAAGAGACGGUACAACGUCGAUUGGCGAUUAUCGUAGAGCAUCAUCUAAGAGUUUUAAGUUUUGUGGCGCGUAUGGAGGCACUUUUGAAUCAAAUAUGUUUUGUGGAAUUAUUAGGAUGUACAUUUAACUUAUGUAUGCUCGGAUAUUACGUCAUUACGGGAUGGAAUGUAAUUGAGAAAAAGACGUCAAUAGCUUAUAUGAUAAUAUACAUUUCCAUGAGUUUCAACAUUUUUAUAUUCUGUUAUAUCGGUGAAGUACUCACGGAACAGUGUAAACAAGUAGGAGAAAUAGCUUAUAUGACGAACUGGUAUCGUUUACCUUAUAAAACGGCUCGUGGGCUAAUUUUAAUUAUUUCCCGCUCAAGUACGGUGAUUAAAUUGACUGCAGGAAAAUUAGUUCAUCUUUCUAUCGCAACUUUCGGUGAUGUGAUGAAAACCUCCAUGAUAUAUCUAAAUAUGCUUCGCACUAUGACAGCUUCUUAGAUGUUAAUAAUUACAUCAUUUUAUACAAAACAUUAGCAAAUUCUCUA